CUGAUGUACGUAAUCUGUUGAACACUGUACAAAAAUGAGUUUCACUUUACCUGGGGGAUGGAGUACACCGAGGCCAGCUACUGCUAAAGAUCAAGCUGUCGCUGACAAGGUUAAAGAUCUGUUUGUGACACAGUCCAAGACGCACCCCAGUAAAUUUAAGGUGCACAGUGUCAUUACCCAGACUGUUGCUGGCUACAAAUACUGGAUGGAGGUUGACACUGGAAAUAAUUCUUAUGUUCACAUUUAUGUGCUUGAACCUAUGCCUAGUGCAAAUGAGAAGCCAAAGUUGUUGUCCUUCAAGCUGAAUAAGAAAAAGGGUGAAAAACUCGGGGAUUGCUAAAUUGUAUUUGAGGCGACACAGUGAAUUAUAUCCCGGGAAAUCCUUCUGUAUCCAACUCUGUCCUGUCAUCAUCAUUAUCCCCUCUCUAUAGUUCUCUCCAAUCCCUUCCUCUUUCCAUGGUGUCCCGGGAACUCCAAUAUAUAUCCGAUACGUCUCCUUGUAUUUUCAAUGUUAAUCCUUGAAUAAAAUCUUUUGUUGUUA